AUGAAGCCAAACUUGAACACUACGAAAUUCUCGACCCAGAACGCCUUUUACUUCGCGAGCCUGUGCAAGAUCGCCUACAAGCCGGAGCAGGAGGCCAAGGGGCUCGUGAAGGGCAACUCCACCAACGAUGGGCUGGGGUUUGAUCGAUUCCACUGGUUCGAUGCGGACGAGGCGGCGAAAAGAAGCAGUUUCGACGCAAUCCAAGACACGGAGGCCUUUGUCGCGGCGAACGACGACAUGGUCGCGGUCGUGUUCCGAGGCACAAAGGAGCUGACGGACUGGGCGACAAACCUCGACAUUAGCCCGAGGGACUGCGCGGAGCAGUGGGAGGCCCCGGAUGCGGUCGGCGCUGUCCACGAGGGCUUCAACGAGGGUGUGGACUCGGUUUGGGAGGUGCGCGGAAACAUGCGCAAGGUUAUCAAAAACCUCUACAACGAAAAGGGCAAGGACCGCAAGCUGUACAUCGCGGGGCACUCUCUUGGAGGUGCUCUGGCCACGGUCGCCGCGGCUCGCCUGUCGUAUAUUGACAACUUGGACAUCGCCGGGGUAUACACCAUCGGCAGCCCCAGGCUGUUCGACCCGUCAGCCGCCGCUGGGUUUGACUCCAGGAUGAACGACGGCACCCCCCUGAAGGAGAAGUACUUCCGUUGCAGGAACAACAACGACAUCGUCACGCGGAUUCCGCUCCCGCCGAGCUACGAGCACGUCGGCACGGAGAUCUACCUCGAUCGAUUCGGUGCCAUCAGCACGUCGAGUUUCGCCGACCGUAUCCUCGGGCGUCUCAGUGCGUUGUGCCGCGGAGAGUUGAUCGACGGCGUCGACGACCACAGCACCUCGGAGUAUAUUCGACACUUCAAGCAGGAUGUGAUCAACGCGAAGGUGCCGGCUUUCGACAAGGCCAAGAGCACGUGUUGUGAUGCUAUCAGCAACUUCAUUCUGCAGGUGGCUCCCGACGAGUUCGUCGACAAUAUCGAGGGCCUACAAAGAUUCAAGAAGAUCAAAUCCACAAUCGAAGAAGUGAAACAAGUGGCCAAAGAAGCUGCGAAGGACUUCUAGAGCGUCUGGAGCCCGCCAUGGGUUAACUCACGUAGCUUGUGUGAUUAUUUGCGACGCCCUGCGUGCGGCUGUCCUUCAAUCAUGACACGGAUAGAGGUUGGUGCGUGUUGGGUAUAGUCAACCGCUUGAAGAAUCGCGUGUCCCCUCUUCGGUACCACAUGACCGUAGCAGGCAGGCACAACAAAAAUUAAAAAUUGAGGUGGUGAUUGUUUUUUUCGGGAGCGAUUAGGGUAUGAUGAAAGCAGACAAGUAACCGAGAGGGUGCGAAGCUAUUUCUCAACUGGACUAGGUUGCCGUUGGAUCGUAAACACAGUAAACCUGCGGGGAGAACCCAAAGAACGGGGUGAGCGACGGUACCAUUGGCCCGAAACACGAAAUACUUGUGUAGCUGGCGUGGGAGACGUUUCAGACAGUAUUUUGGAGAUCGACUCAGCGCAGAUUUUCGAUGAAUGAGCUCAUAGGGGAUGGAUUCUGACGGUGUACAGGCUGUAAACACUAGUGAGCUGUGUGCAUUGAUGUGGAAAUAAAUGUGUGGUUUACGUUUACGGUUUGGUGAGGUCAACCUUUUUUUUUUUACAUGAUGCGGGCAGUUGGCAAGGGUUCUCCCAUCCUUUUUUGUGUUUCUACUGUAGAACUGGCAGUUGGCAAGGACACUCGUCGAACGUAAGUGUUGUGCGUGUACGCUUCAGCUCGAUGAUGUAUAUCGAUGUCCUAUUGUUGAUUGUUGAUAUCUUGGCCAGGCACGUGUUGUUCGUUCAAAUACUGUGACGGUAGAAUCA